GACGUAGUUUAAGUAUGAGCAACGGUCAUGCGUUUUCAUGCCGGUUUUUACCGGUCAAAAUUUUCACGUGACGGCAAAUCAGUCUCAUGAUGAAACGCAAAUCUCAAUAAAUAUUAUUAUUAACGCAGUCGCUUCAACCAGACUAUAACCAGUCAAUAUUUUCAUUUAGGAAUCAUCACUUAACGUCUUAGUAAUUAUAAUUUUAAUAAUUAAUAUAAAAUUUCAAUAAUGGCCUCCCUGAGACUAUUGGCUGCAGGAGCAAGUGCAGUGGGAGCUGGUGCACUUUCAACUUAUUAUCUUACGUCAGAUUCCCCUGUACUGGCGGAUAAAGCGCUUCAUAAACCAAUAAAACGGCCUCUACCUACACGUGAAGAGCAAGUGAAUACCCUAAAAACCCAAGACGAAUACGAUGUCCUAAUAAUUGGUGGUGGUGCUACUGGAGCAGGAUGUGCUUUGGACGCUUGCACAAGAGGUUUAAAGACUGCUCUGAUAGAGGGAGACGAUUUUGCUUCGGGCACGUCGUCAAGAAGCACAAAACUGAUCCACGGUGGCGUGCGAUAUUUACAGAAAGCCAUUAUGCAGGCGGAUGUCGAGCAGUAUAAAAUGGUUAAAGAAGCUCUCCAUGAGCGAGCUCAAAUGCUACAUAGUGCUCCACACUUGGCACACCCAUUGCCUAUUAUGUUACCUGUUUACACGUGGUGGCAGAUCCCUUACUACUGGUUUGGUAUUAAGAUGUAUGACCUUGUAGCUGGCAGCAAAACUGUUAAAUCUUCAUAUUAUUUAAGUAAAUCAAACGCACUCGAAUUAUUUCCCAUGUUGAAGGGAGACAAGCUUACUGGAGCUAUCGUUUAUUACGAUGGUCAGCAGGACGACGCCAGAAUGAAUCUCGCGGUGGCCUUGUCAGCUUCACGCUUAGGUGCAACGGUAGUAAAUCACGUGAGCGUUUUGAAUUUGCUGAAAGGAUUAGACAAGGACGGUAAGCGCGUGCUGGUGGGUGCACGUGUCAGAGAUGAAAUGACAGGAGAAGAGUGGGAUGUUAAAGCUAAAGCUAUUAUUAACGCUACCGGACCGUUUACUGAUAGUAUAAGAAAAAUGGAUGAUCAAACUGUACAAGAAAUCUGUUGUCCAUCUUCGGGCGUUCAUAUUGUACUUCCUGGGUACUACAGUCCCGAUCAAAUGGGUCUGCUGGAUCCAGCGACAAGUGACGGCCGUGUCAUCUUCUUCUUGCCUUGGCAGAAGCAAACUAUCGCUGGUACUACUGAUUUACCUUGUCAGGUGACGCACAACCCGAAACCAACUGAAGACGAGAUUAUGUUUAUCCUGCAAGAGGUAAAGAACUACCUUAAUCCUGACGUUGAAGUCCGUCGUGGUGAUGUUCUGUCAGCGUGGAGUGGUAUCAGACCAUUGGUUUCUGACCCGAACAAACCAAACACUCAAUCUCUUGCUCGUAACCACAUUGUUCAUGUGAGUCCAACAAAUCUUGUUACCAUUGCUGGAGGAAAGUGGACGACUUAUCGUGCAAUGGCACAGGAAGCUGUUGAUGCAGCAAUUGAUGCUUGUAAGUUGGAGCCAACUGCUGAAUGUCAAACUGACGGAAUGCUUCUGGAGGGUGCUCAUGGAUGGAGUCCUACCAUGUACAUUAGAUUGGUACAGGACUUUGGAUUAGAAUGUGAAGUUGCCCAACAUUUAGCUAAAAGUUACGGUGAUCGAGCAUUCGCUGUCGCUAAAAUGGCAUCACUUACCGGAAAGCGUUGGCCAAUCAUUGGUAAAAAAAUUCAUCCCGAGUUUCCUUACAUUGACGCUGAGAUCCGUUACGGUUGCCGUGAAUACGCAAGAACCGCAAUUGAUAUGAUUGCCAGACGAUUGCGACUCGCUUUCCUCAACGUCCAAGCGUCACAGGAAGCUCUGCCGGGUAUCAUUGACAUAAUGGCGGAAGAAUUGAAAUGGUCACCGGAUGAAAAGAAAAAGCAACAGCAGCAGGCCAGUGAAUUUUUAGCAAACGAGAUGGGACAAAUGGUCAAUCGCGCGUCACGUGACAAAAUUCCGAUCAAUCUCACGAAAGAUGAAAUUCAGCUGUACAUUAAACGAUUCCAGAUUAUCGACAAAGAUCGCAAAGGAUACGUAUCAAUAAAUGACAUUCGUCGCGGACUUAAGCUAUUCGGCGACAAGGACGUUCCCGGCGAAGAGCUCCACGAAAUACUUCGCGAAAUCGACACUAAUAUGAACGGUCAAGUCGAGCUGGACGAGUACCUUCAGAUGAUGUCAGCAAUUAAAUCUGGACACGUCGCGUACUCGCGAUUCGCGCGAAUGGCCGAGAUGGAAGAAGCGCAACACGAGAAAGACGUGCUGAAGAAGAAAAUAAGUGUUGAGAGAUCAGGCGGAGGUCUUUGAAGUGGCUACGAAAAGUCUAACAAAACUUUAUACUUCAGUCCUCAUAAAUUAUUUUCACCUCAUUUUAGGAAAAAAUUACCGACUAUCUCACUCUAUAUUUAAUAUUUAUUGUAGAAAUUAAUUUAAUGCCUGGGUAACUCGAUAUCUAGGUCAUAAACAAUUGAUAAUAAUAAUAAAUAAUAAUAAUAAUGACAGCAACGCGAAUACUAGUCAGCAGGUGGGUUAGUAUUCUUAAACAAUUUUUAAAAAAUAUAUUAAAUAAUCUGCAUCGCAUCAAGUUAUUGGCCUCUGGCCAACUGGGUAAAGAAAAAAUAAUGUUUGACGAAGUAUUCUAAUACAACACUCUUUUCUUCAUUCACUAAUAAGGAAGUCGUUCACGAAAGCUUAAAUAUAAUAACGAUAACAAUAAUUAUAAUAAUAAUAAUACUAAUAAUAAUAAUAAUAAAUAAUUGUUAUUAUUAAUAAUGUACUGAUUAUGGUGCCGUCUUGCGCUUUUAUAAAUUGAUAAUUUAAUUACGCGCGAAGAGGAUAAUAAAUCUAUUAUUAAUAUUUAAAUAAAAUUACAAUAAUAUAGAAAAAAUAAUAAUAAUAAAUUGAUAUCUAGUCUUUAAAUUAUAAUACUUAAAAAACGAUAUCGAGGUUCGAGUUGAGUGUUGAAAAUCAAAGGAUAUAUUAGACUAUUAUUAUUAUUAUUAUAUAUAUAUAUAAAAGGAAAAAACAAAUAUGUACAUAUAAUUUACUUCAUCUCACUGUCAAUGUCACGUUACGUUUAUUCGAUAACAUUUAUCUCUAUCACUAUAUCAAUAUUAUUAAAUAAUUUAUUCAAUUUAAUUAAUGUUGGAUUUAAUAAAAAUUUUCAAUUUAAUUGUACACGA